AUGAACCGUGGUCGCCGGCGAGGUGGACCCGGUUUGAGUGGUUUGAAAGAUGGAGUGAAACGUCGAUUGUUCGACCCUCACCUGGUCCCAACGAAACCUGAUCCAAAAUAUGAAAUAAAUCGGCUUAUUCCUCUAGCAACCUGCAAACCUUUCAUCCGUAGUUACUUGGACGAUUUACGAUGCCCUGAAGCAAGUGUCUUCCCUCCGGCUUCGGAAGAUCCCUCUGACAGUUCAGACAAACUGUACAAUUCUCUGUUCAAAACCAAAGCAAUAUUCGAGUUGGCCUUUCGUAACGGACCAUUUUACCACCCGUUGCCCGUAUUGCGUGAUGGGAUCGACACAGCUCUCGUUUUCGGUGGAUUGACAUCGAAUGAAAAGGCAACUGAGCCCACUGCUCCUGUCCUGCUGAGCCACUUACUGUUGGCGCAUGAUGACAUCAACCAAUGGAGCAAUGGGGAAUUCCUGAGUGACUUGGAUAAUAUGGAUAGCUUUUACCCUAAGGAUUUGGUCCAAUUUACAAAACCAGGUAGGAGACCUGCUGCACGUAUGAGGGAACGCCUAAAGCGACGAGCCAAAAUGGCUGUCCCGGAUAUCCCUAUUGCAGUACCCGACUUAGACGAUCUCGUACCAGACCUGCCUCCACAACAGGACGCAGAAGUUGUUGAGGAAAAGGACG